AUUGAGCCAGCGAGGAGUGAAGCUGAGUCUGCUUCAUACACUCCUAGAGGACCGCCUUCAGAAUAGAGUUCUUUUCGCCCCUUCCUCCUUCCCCCGGCUCCUCUCCUGGCUUUUCUACCCGCCCAAUACAAUGCAUACUCGAGUGGCAGCCCCAGAGAACUGAAGCAAACCAAAGAGAGAGGACUGGAGCCAAGACACUUCUGGUGGGGAAUCUUGGAUGCCUGGCUUUCUUUGAGGUCAUCUUUGGAACGAGGGUGGCUUUGGGGUGGAGGGUCGUGCUGCAGGGAACUCAGCCAGGCCCCAAGAUGGACACUUCUGGGCACUUCCAUGACUCGGGGGUGGGGGACCUGGAUGAAGACCCCAAGUGUCCCUGUCCAUCUUCUGGGGACGAGCAACAGCAGCAGCAGCAACCGCCACCACCGCCAGCGCCACCAGCAGUCCCCCAGCAGCCUCCGGGACCCUUGCUGCAGCCUCAGCCUCCGCAGCCUCAGCAGCAACAGUCGCAGCAGCAGCAGCAGCAGCAGUCGCAGCAGCAGCAGCAGCAGGCUCCACUGCACCCCCUGCCUCAGCUUGCCCAACUCCAGAGCCAGCUUGUCCAUCCUGGUCUGUUGCACUCUUCUCCCACGGCGUUCAGGGCCCCCACUUCAGCCAACUCUACCGCCAUCCUCCACCCUUCCUCCAGGCAAGGCAGCCAGCUAAAUCUCAAUGACCACUUGCUUGGCCACUCUCCAAGUUCCACAGCCACAAGUGGGCCCGGUGGAGGCAGCCGGCACCGGCAGGCCAGCCCCCUGGUGCACCGGCGGGACAGCAAUCCCUUCACGGAGAUAGCUAUGAGCUCCUGCAAAUACAGCGGUGGGGUCAUGAAGCCCCUCAGCCGCCUCAGCGCCUCUCGGAGAAACCUUAUCGAGGCUGAGCCUGAGGGCCAACCCCUCCAGCUCUUCAGUCCCAGCAACCCCCCAGAGAUUAUCAUCUCCUCCAGGGAGGAUAACCAUGCCCACCAGACUCUGCUCCAUCACCCCAACGCUACCCACAACCACCAGCAUGCCGGCACCACGGCCGGCAGCACCACCUUCCCCAAAGCCAACAAGCGGAAAAACCAAAACAUUGGCUAUAAGCUGGGACACAGGAGGGCCCUGUUUGAAAAGAGAAAGCGACUGAGUGACUAUGCUCUGAUUUUUGGGAUGUUUGGAAUUGUUGUUAUGGUGAUAGAGACCGAACUGUCUUGGGGUUUGUACUCAAAGGAUUCCAUGUUUUCGUUGGCCCUGAAAUGCCUUAUCAGUUUAUCCACCGUCAUCCUGCUUGGUUUGAUCAUCGCCUAUCACACAAGGGAAGUACAGCUCUUUGUGAUCGACAAUGGUGCAGAUGACUGGCGGAUAGCCAUGACCUACGAGCGUAUCCUCUACAUCAGCCUGGAGAUGCUGGUGUGCGCCAUCCACCCCAUCCCUGGAGAGUACAAGUUCUUCUGGACUGCACGCCUGGCCUUCUCCUAUACCCCAUCUCGGGCAGAGGCUGACGUGGACAUUAUUCUGUCCAUCCCCAUGUUCCUGCGCCUGUACCUGAUCGCCCGGGUCAUGCUGCUCCAUAGCAAACUCUUCACUGAUGCCUCCUCCCGAAGCAUCGGGGCCCUCAACAAGAUCAACUUCAACACCCGAUUCGUCAUGAAGACGCUCAUGACCAUCUGCCCUGGCACGGUGCUGCUGGUGUUCAGCAUCUCUCUGUGGAUCAUCGCUGCCUGGACUGUGCGAGUCUGUGAAAGGUACCAUGAUCAGCAGGAUGUAACUAGUAACUUUCUGGGUGCCAUGUGGCUCAUCUCCAUCACGUUCCUUUCCAUUGGCUAUGGGGACAUGGUGCCCCACACAUACUGUGGGAAAGGUGUCUGUCUUCUCACCGGCAUCAUGGGUGCAGGCUGCACUGCCCUUGUGGUAGCUGUGGUUGCCCGAAAGCUCGAACUCACCAAAGCAGAGAAGCAUGUGCACAACUUCAUGAUGGACACUCAGCUCACCAAACGGAUCAAGAAUGCCGCCGCCAAUGUCCUCCGGGAAACGUGGCUAAUCUAUAAACAUACAAAGCUGCUAAAGAAGAUUGACCAUGCCAAAGUCAGGAAACACCAGAGGAAGUUCCUCCAAGCUAUCCACCAACUGCGGGGUGUCAAGAUGGAACAAAGGAAGCUGAGUGACCAAGCCAACACCCUGGUGGACCUUUCCAAGAUGCAGAACGUCAUGUAUGACUUAAUCACGGAGCUCAAUGACCGGAGUGAAGAUCUAGAAAAGCAGAUUGGCAGCCUGGAGUCCAAGCUGGAGCACCUCACAGCCAGUUUCAAUUCCCUGCCCCUGCUCAUCGCAGAUACCCUGCGCCAGCAGCAGCAGCAGCUGCUCACUGCCUUCGUGGAGGCCCGGGGCAUCAGUGUGGCCGUGGGAACUAGCCACGCCCCUCCCUCUGACAGCCCUAUCGGGAUCAGCUCCACCUCUUUCCCAACCCCAUACACAAGUUCAAGCAGUUGCUAAAUAAAACUCCCCACUCCAGAAGCAUUACCCAUAGGUCUUAAGAUGCAAAUCAACUCUCUCCUGGUCGCUUUGCUGUCAAGGAAGUUGCAGACCAGGGAACAGAACGAAGAGAGAUGGAACGGAUGAGCUGACUCAUGUCCUUUCAGCGUGCUUUGUUCGAUAUGCCUUGAAACCAGAAAUCUAAUCUCUGUUUAGGUGCCUCUACUUGGGAGCUGGAAGACGAGGUGACGGGAAGCAACGCCUCUGUCAGGGCCCUUGCUGCAGAGUUGGCGGAGAACAGAAAUCCCUGCUCAAUCUCAGGUUUUCACAGGGAGGUGGGGAGGGGCAGCCACUCUGAAGCAGCUGAGAGGGAAGCCAGCCAAAGUGGGGUGUGCUGAGCAAGGGUGGUAUUAGGUUUGGGGAGUGGGUUCCUGGCUGCCUUGGGACCUCAGCUCACCUGUCCUGUCCUUUUGUCUAAGGAAGCCUCUGGGUGGUAAAAAAUAAAAGAGAGCCGCCCAGAAUUUUCCAAAACGGACAUACCCAAAUUAGACUUGGGGAGGGUGGUGACGUAGACAAAUAAAAAGCCAGAUUUUCCAUCCAAUAAUACUAUCCAUCAUAUACACACACAGAUGUUCAAUCCAGGUCAUUUUCUGUUUGAGUUGAGCCCAAAUGAAAGGGACCUGGUACCUCCCCCUGCACACAGUAAUUCUGCAUUGAGAUGAUGCAUGGGGUGUGUUUAGUUGAGGACGUUAGAGGGUAUUGGCCACAUUUUGACCUUCAUUGAAGAUGCAGGUCCCUCCUUCACAGUGCCCUGGACAUGCAUGUGGCCUGAUUUAAAUGUAUGCCAACUCCACACUGGAGAGAUAAACGUCCUUUUAAAAACAACAGCUUUUGAAGAGGUUUCAUCCAGCCAAAUAAGCUGUGUGCUGAUGGAACCCAUGUUCCCAGGUGUCUGUGUGUGUGGGGGAGCGGGGGGGGGGGGGGGAGGAGGAGACAAGCGUGCCCAGUGCCACCAUAGUGAAUGCAACUAUUGUCUGGGGCCGAAGCAUCUUCAGCCAGCAGCAGGUUCCAGCCGGAGAUGUAGGAGUGUGGAAGGAUCAGUGCCUAACACUGCUAGGUUGGGAGGAGAAAGGUAGAGAGUGGCUCCUGUGGUCCCUUCUACCUUACCUGACAUCAUCUCAAAAUGAAACACUGUGAGAACACAAGAAGCCCUAGGGGCAUGUGUGUAAAGUGAGAGGACACAUUUGUUGGAGGCUUGUUCCUAUUGUGCCACGCUCAUCUUGGGGCAAAACCUACUCCACUGAACCCAAGAGACUCUAGAAACAAGCAGAUCUGGGAUAGACAUGGGCGCUUGCUUUUAUCCCCAUUGCUCUGUGACCUGACCGUACACACAGCUGUGGUGGGAAAGCUAUUGAGUUUUAUCACUUCUCCCAUCUGGAGGUCUUCGAUUUCUGCUUAUAAGAAAUUAUACGUGGAAUAUUUCAUCCAUCUUUUGGUAGGGCAAAAGGAUGUUAUCUGUGUAUAGUUGCUGUCUUGAGAGUAGCCCCGUGUGAGGCUAUCACAGGUCCCUGGAGGCAUCGUCUUACUAUGUGCAUUUUUCUUGUGCAAUGCUGGGGCUGGUCCUCUCAGGACAGGGAAUUGCUGGACAGUGAGGUGGGCAACUGUGGCACGGAAGACAUGCCUUGGUUUUUUGUUUGUUUGUUUCUAAGCCUCUUGUUUGUCUUUCUGUCUUGAUGCUGCUGUCUCGUGUCUUGUGUCUGCAGUGCUGGAGAUCAGACUUGCAGCUUCAUGCGUUUUAAACAAGUGCUGUUCCACUCAGCCACACCCCAGCCUGCUGCUGUUGUCUUAAUGGCCUAUCUUCUUAAUGGUCUAUCUUGAUCGCCCCCUCGAGCAUUUUCAUUAGCUGUUUUGCACACCAGAGAGGCCACAUUUGUUGUUAGCAUUUAAUUCUUUUUACUUGUUCUUUUAAUUAUUAAUUAUUGGAAAGAUUAUUUUUAUCCUGAGAAUGGUAUUCCUGUUUUCAGUUUAGCCAUACCUACAGGCAGAUAUACACACAGAUGAAAUAGCCAUUGUACCUUCUCUGUAGCAUUGGUUGCAUUUCACAAAAGGAAGGCUGCUGAUGGGCCUACUUCCUGGUCAUGUGCUCUAUGGCCCUCAGCUGUUUUCCCUGCCCUCUGUUGCGUCUUGCUGUGAUCCUGUGCUGUGUGGUCAUAAGCAUGGCACAUCUAGGAUUUAGUUCCCAUUUUCACACAAAUGACAUGCAAGAUCCCACGCUUCUCCUGCCGUGUAUCCAUCUUGGUCUGGACAUAGUCUACAAUCUGUCUUUUUAUUGAUAUUCUUGCUAAGUAAACCCUGAAGGCCAAGCUAGCGACGCUAGUUUAGAGGAUGGCUAGAGCUGUUUCAGGAGGGCACCACUAGCAUUAGAGAGAGACGUGGGAAUUUGUAGGGUGGCCUGGUCCGUUGGUAUUGCAAUAGGUCUGUGUGGUCUUAUCUCUAGCAGAAGAAUAUACCUCGAGAAACAUGACAGGAUCAGAAGGUUGGCUCUGUGAUGGCAAAUGAGCUACUGCUUCUCUGUCCUGAUAUUGCAACUUCAUGAGGGAAGUAAUAAUUCUCUUGCAAAUACAAUCGACCCUUGAUGACCUAGGUAAUGAGGAUCCUGGUUAGCUCACCCAGACGUAUCUCUGCAUCUUUUAGAUGAUCCCACAUCACCUAAGUAUCCCAGUUGAGUGGGAAAGGAGGCUAGUGGAUUCUAAGGCCAUGUGGUAGUGGAAAGGGUCUGAGUCUCAAGAGUGGGCUGCAAUUUAAAACUAUGAAUUACUGUAAUUUUGCCCUAGCCCUGAACUGGUCCAAUUUCACUCACUCCUAGAAGGCUGACCGAUGGCAGAGGCCUUCCUAGCAUCUUUCCAGGAAUGCAGUAGCAGACAGAAGCACUCCAAUAUUUCCCCAAAUAUCUGGACACUUGAAUUAAAAAUAUAGAGCCACCCUGUCAUUGCUUAAGCCAUAUAAUUGCUUCAUGUACUGUGAAGUCAGGGAUGUACUGUGAUACUCCAAGACCACUGAGCUCAGUGGGAUUUCAGGAUAUAGCCUCAGUUGGUAAUUUACACCCGACUAGAAGCUCAUUCCUUCUUAGAUUGACAUCCAAAUAAGAAUCUGCACCUUUGGCUCAAAGGUCGCAUGUGUGAUUAUCAUCAAUAAAUCAUUAUGAAGUGUCUGUGAGCCAUUCUUACCACCUCCAUAAUGUAUAACUCCAUGACAUCAUGUCUCAAAAUAUGACCCAAAUGAAUGAGAGGGGCUAUAGCCAUGCAUCACCAGUGACUGUGACCCCAACAGGGUCGGUCCUGUGCUGCAACAACAACCUUGUAAAUUAGAAGACGUAGAAACUGUAUGUGAAAUCUAGCCCUCAAACACCACAGCAUUGACAAAUAAUGAUUUCAAUGUAUCUGGAGAGUUUCCCCUAACAAAGAAGUCAUGGAAAGAAGAAAACUAGUGAUACAAAAUCAGAAUAGGUAAAAGUCUGAGACUCCUGCCAAUAGCUCUCGGUUUGUGUGUAUUUAAAAGUGAAGAUGAAUUGAGUUCAAAGUAUUCAGUAGAAGACAAAAUGAGAUCCCUAUCGCUAGCGCAGCAGCCUUGACUGACUAGCUAACCCACACUUAGAUGUUACAUUUGAAUGUAGUGAUAGUUACCAAAAAGUAAUUACUGCACAUUGGAUAGGUAGUGAUUUGCAGGGAGAAAGACAGAGUUUGUGCAGAGUUCAGGAAGCCCCCAUCCUCCAGAGGAUGACAAACAAUGUAUUCCAAAUAGAGAGUCAGUGUUCCAUCUCAAAACAGACACCCUAGCCACUGCUAGAGAAACCCGGCUGAGACACUGUGACACUACCAGCAGGUUACGACUUUCUAAACUACUGCUUUUAAAUGCUCAAAUAGGUUCCCACCUCAUCCAGUCACUCUACUUCCCCCAAAGCUACUAGAAGAAGAUUAAGGAUCCAUUAGUGGUCAUUCUGCUGUCCCUGUUGACUUCUUGGUUUGGUUUCAGUCCCUUAGAUGGCUAUCUGGAGGCUUCCUGGCAGACACGAACAGUUCAUUCUCUCCCCUGUAGCCAGCUGGCUUGUUCAUGCCUUGGGCAGUAUCUCUUCCUUCUCCACCUCUGCCAAAGCAAACAUUUGGGGAAUGGGAUUAAAGCUAGCCCUAAGACGGUGGGGCGUUGUGGGUGGGGAGGACGGAGGGUGGUGAUAGUGUCUGCCUGUGGUAACAGGAAGCUUGUGUCAGGCUGCGUGAAUAGUAAGCUCCUGCCGGACAAGGAAUAUGUAGACUUGUGUUGAACUAGGCCACAGCUUAGGAACACAUGUUCUGUGCAGUGGUCUAUAGGCAGCCACAGAAGGGGAUGUAAUUGUGAUCCUUUUGUCUUACGCCAUUACUGGAAACGCCCACACACGAACUGGAGUUCCCUCGGAACAACAUUGUCAAAUCUUCAACAGACGACCUCCGAACCAGGUGCCACGAGCCCUGCACAGCUGUUUACACACUGAGACAUGUAUUCUGGAAGCUGCGAGCAACCUCGGGCCUGGACUGACAAGAGACCUUGUGACCAAUCAAGCUGGUGGAGGAAAAGCACAAAAUUCCAUACCAACCUCUAGUUAAGAUCCCAAAGAGAUGCUGACAUUUCUAGCAAAAAUAACAAUGAUAAUACUAAAUAAUAAAUAAAUAGGAACAGUGACAAAUAAAAAAAAAUGAAUCUGAUUGGAACAGCCGACAUCCAGCUUCCCAGAGGGAGGACGGGGCUAAGUGACAUUCUCCAGCUGUGUCACUUCUCGGAUCCCAACCAGAGCUGACCCACCUUCAUCAUAUAUGGUGUUUAAUGGCGCAACAGAGUGAUCGAUUUAGUCCCAGUCUCUUCAUUCUUUGCUGGCCACAAGAGAACAACAAACGCGAGUGAUAGGAUGUUGAUGGAGGAACCAUUUUCAUAGCAAACUCAGAAAUGGAGGUGUUUAUAUUCCAAACCAGAUGGGCUUCAGUAUGAAUUUGCAUCUUGCCUCUGUACUGCUUGCUAUUUUUUAAUGAUAGGAGAAAGCAUAACAGUUUAUUUUAAAUAUGAAAUAUAUUGCUAUAUUAUAAAAUAUAUUGUAACUUUCGAUUAA